GAAGACAUCUGAAGACGUGAAGAUGAAACUGUCUUGUGUUGUUGCUGUUGCUGUUCUUGUUCUGGCACUCUGCUCCCUGGGACAGAGCCAGGUUGCCGGGCCAGAUAAAUGCUGUUUCAAUUAUUACGGCAAGGCGAUUCCAUCGAGAGCCAUAAAAGAAUAUAAAAUCACCCACCCCAGCUGCCCCAAAAAGGGUGUGAUCCUCAUCACUGUGAAGGGCAAAGAACUGUGCGCCAACCCAGAGGUCAAGCAAGUCAUGGACAUCAUGGACAGAGUGGACGACCUUUUUGGUACCCCGGCCCCCACCAGCUCUCCUUAACAUGUGACCAUGGACGAGGUCCACCAACCCUGAGCCCCCUGCUAUGUCCAACUCCGCCAUGAGACAUCAGUAUACACAGCUCAAAAGAGUUACAGCUCUGUUGUAACAAUGUAACAAUCUGUAACUGAAUUGCUUUGUUUUGCACAAAACACGGUCUUUUCUCUCUCUCUCUCUCUCUCUUAACUGCUGGGCAGCGCAGCAAGACCUAUGAGUAAGCUUGUAAAAACUUUUAAUAAAUAAAUGUAUUUCACAAUA